UCCAUCUUUAGUCAGAACGAGAAGUGGUGCCGAGCAGUGCGUGUUGUCCCGGUCUCUGUCGACCACAUCCAGGGCACAACACACACGCACACACACAAACAAAAACACAAGUGAAAUCUUUCGUCCCCCUUCUUUGUGUGUUGUGUGUUUCAAAAAAAUCGAGAGAAAACGGGGAAAAAACGACAAAUAGAAACGGAUUACUUUUGAUAAAACAAACUCUCCACGUCGUCGCAGUUGUGUUCUCUCCUCCACACACAGUUUUUUGGGCGCCCACAAAAAACUUGGACUCAAAGCGAAAGUGAUGGUGGAAUAGUUGCUGUGUGUUGUGUGUGUGUAUGUGUGUGUCGUCCAUUUUCUCUCUCGUCGUCGGAUCACUCUCUUAUCGAAUUUUCUCGCAGUGUGUUGUGUGUGUGUGUGUGUGAGUGUGCUGGCAGCCACAGGAAGCCAUAAGCCUCGCUCCUCCUCUUUCUUUCGUGUGUGUUGUGUGUGUGUGUAUUUUUCUUCUACUUCUUCUCAUUUCUUCUUCGACCAAAAAACCAAAGUGUGUAAGGCACUAGCAGAUGACAGAGAAUGGCCGCCUCGCGCAGACCGUGCUGCAGCGGAGGCGGCGGUGGUGGUGGCCGUUUCGGCGGCAGCAGCAGUUUGGCUGUGAGUGACAAUAAUGGCGGUGGUGGUGGUAGUGCCAAAAUGAUGAUGGGUUUAUUGGGUUUAUCUGGCUCGGGCUCUGGCGGUUUCAGUGGCAGUGGUUCGGGCAUGAACAACGGCGGGAGCAGCUCCGGAUCGGGUCGGACGCCCGACACGUUGCUCGACAUCUGCGCCCGUAUUGUGGCUCAACAGAUCCCCUUCCAGCGGAUCGAAGAGAGAUACGACCGCAUUCCGGAGCCGGUUCAACGGCGCGUCAUCUUUUGGUCUUUCCCCCGCAACGAGCGAGACAUUUGCAUGUACUCGUCACUCUCAAGACCUUCGACCAAUUCUGUGGAAUACCAAAAUUUGCCAUUUCAUCGAGGAUUGAAACUCUUGGAAUCGGGUUGCGUCGAUUCCGUCCUACAAGUCGGUUUCCACUUGAGCGGGACGGUGACGGCGCCUAAAACGUCGGGCGGUAGUCCACUACCUCCGGCCUCAUCAUCUGGCGGCGGUGGCGCUGCCGGUGGAGGCGUUGUUGUUCCGGGUGGAACGACGGGAGGAGCAGUUGGAGGAGGAGGAGGAGGAGGAACGUCGGGAGGACCGCCAGUGGAAACGGAGAAGAAAUAUCGAGUCUCCGUCAGCUUCGACCGGUGUAAGAUCACUUCUGUGACGUGCAGCUGCGAAGCCAGAGACAUCUUUUGGUGUCAACACGUUGUGGCGCUGGCCUUGUUUCGAAUACGCAAUGCCGACACUGUCCGAUUACGAGUUCCCAUUUCAGAAACUUUGCUGCAAAUGGAUCGGCAGCAGUUGCAGAAGUUUGUGCAAUACCUCAUCUCGGAACAUCACACGGAAGUCCUGCCCACGGCCCAGAAGUUGGCCGACGAAAUCCUUCAGCAAAGAUCAGAGAUCAAUCGCAUUCCAGGCGCUCCUGAUCCGACGGCGGGAGCCAGUGCAGACGACGAGCACAGUUGGCACCUGGACGAGGAGCAGGUUUGCGAACAGGUGCGUUCGUUCCUUUCGCAGGGCGGCUACUACAACGUCAACAAACAACUGGUCUCCAUGUUCGCCAAAGUCAGGGAAAUGCUCAGAGCCCGAGACUCGAACGGCUCCCGGAUGCUGACGCUCAUCACGGACCAGUUCCUGGCCGAUCCCCGGCUCUUCCAGUGGAAAACGCAGGGCACGCCCAUGACGGACAAGUGCCGACAACUUUGGGAUCAACUCGGAGCCCUGUGGGUCUGCGUCGUCCUCAAUCCCCACUGCAACUCGAGCGACAAGCUGCAGUGGCGCCAAAUGCUGGAACGCUGGUCCCAAGUGGACGUCUGUCCUCCAGAGGACCCCGAUUUUAGACCGCAAACGUCAUCGGGUCAGGAGAGUAACCGACUGCGGCCCAGGAGGUCGGUUCAAGGGGACGAUACGACCAGCUCAGAGAGUUCCGACGACGACGACGAAGCAUCUCGACGCGGGCGGGAGGCCAGCUUGGAUCACAGUUUGAGCAACGCCAACCGGAACGCGACUGCGGCGGCGGCCGCCGCCAACAACAACAACAACAACGCCAACAACAAUGCGUCGGCAUUGAGGAAUGCGAGAGGAGCGCCCGUUGCGGCCCGACGUCGUAGCGUUUUCCAUCGGGCCAUCGACGCCAUCAGUUUGACGUGGGACAACAGCCAUCUCAAGUUAAUAUUAGCCCACGAUAACCUAUCGGCCAGCAAUGAGCCUCACAGCACAAACAACAUCAACCCACAAGGACAGCCUCUUUGGCAUGAACACGUCCCGACGGCUUGUGCUCGGGUGGAUGCCCUCCGGUCUCACGGCUAUACGGUCGAAGCCCUACGGUUGGCCGUCUCCAUCAUCCGGACGCUGAAGCAGGGACAAUUGCAGAGCCAGCAGCGAUGGGUAGAGCAACAGGGUCGACACCUGGUCGACUGCACUGGCUCGGCUGUGGCUAGGAACGCGGCUUUGGUGCCUUCGGCCGCCGAGGGCUGGAUUGGCCACCCACUCGAUCCCAUCGGCUGCCUCUUUGACACGCUAGCCGAAGCCUCGCUCGUGCCGGACGACCAGAACCAGCGCGGUGGAGGCAAUCAGUAUUACUACGACCCGAUUGGCCUCAACGUGGAUGGCGAGCAGAGCGCCACGGCCACGCCUCCUCGUUACCAGCACGUUGGAGUGUCGGGAUCGAGGGAUCGCAACGAGUCGUACCUGACGCUGGCCACGGAGGCCGCCCUGAUUGGUCUCGGCCAGCAACGAGUCAUGCCGGCCGGCCUCUACUCGCAGGAGAAGGCGUGCAAGCAGGAAGAGCGGCUCCUUCAGAAGCUGCAGGAGAUGGAACUGGACACGGUUUUGGUGGCUGUUCUGCGGAAACAAUCGAUGAUGCUCCUGGAAUCGGGUCCCACUUCCGGCCUCGGCUCCGGCAUCCACCCGGAGAGCAUCCCCAUGCACACGUACGCCAAAUUCCUUUUCCUGGCCCUGCUGCCGCACGACACGGACUUGGCCUACCGGAUCGGACUCCGCGCCAUGCGACUGCCCAUCCUGGAGGACCACGAGGACGUUGACGAUCCCGUCAACGGCAACGUGAGCUCGCUGGUGUUGAGCCGCUACCCGCGCUGGUUCACGCUGGGCCACAUUGAGGCCCAGCAGUGCGCCCUGGCGUCGACCAUGUUGAGCGCCGCCAAGGGGGACAUUCACCGGCUGCGGACGGUGCUGGAGUCGGCGCAGCGCAACAUCCACAGCUCGUCGCAUUUGUUCAAGUUGGCGCAGGACGCCUUCCGCUUCGCCACGCCUCAGGACGGGCCGAGGCAUCCGACUCUGCUCAACGUGGCCUUUGAACUCGGCCUGCAAGUCAUGAGGAUGACGCUGUCGUCGGUCAAUUGGCGCCGGCGCGAAAUGGUCCGCUGGCUCGUCACCUGCGCCACCGAAGUCGGCUUCGAAGCCUUGCUCUCCAUCAUGCACAACUGGUAUCAGCUGUUCACGCCCACAGAAGCCACCGGACCGGUCGCCAGCACCAUCAUGUCGCACAGUACAGUCAUGAGGCUCAACUUGAGUUACGUCCAGCAGGAGGAGCUGUCCAACUGCGCCAGGACAUUGGCCCUCCAAUGCGCCACCAAGGAUCCGCCCAACUGUGCGCUCAACGCCCUCAACCUGUGCGAGAGUGCCCCCAUCAGCUUUGAAACGGCCUAUCAGAUCGUCAUCGACGCGGCCUCGCACAUCAUGACGUCCAUGCAGCUCUUCACCAUCGCCAGGUACAUGGAGCACCGAGGAUACCCUCACCGGGCGUACAAGCUGGCCCUCCUGGCCAUGAAGAACGUCCACCUGGCCUACAAUCAGGACACGCACGCGGCCAUCAACGACAUUCACUGGGCGUGCGCGCUGAGUCACUCGCUGGGCAAGUCGGAAUUGAGCACCAUGAUUCCCUUGCUGGUCAAAAAUGUCCAGUGCGCCACCGUCUUGUCUGACGUCCUCAGACGUUGCGCCGUCUCGGCUCCUGGCGUCGCCUCCGCCUGUCCACCCGAAGCCAAACGGCGCUGCGUCAAGCCACUCCCAUAUGAUAAAGCGCCUUUGAAACCUUUGCUGGACGCCGCUAUUGCGGCCUAUGUCAAUACGACGCACUCGCGAUUGACGCACAUCAGUCCACGUCACUACGGCGAUUUUAUCGACUUUCUGGCCAAAGCUCGUGAGACGUUCCUUUUGGCUCACGACGGUCUGAUGCAAUUCGGCCAGCUCAUUGAAAACAUGAAAAUGGCCUACAAGGGCAAAAAGAAGCUCAUGUUCCUCGUCAAGGAGAGGUUCGGAUAAGUAUCGCCAGUCGUCGCUGUCCCUUAACCCUUUCUUAUCCCUCUCUCUCUCCUCACAUUCGCCAAUAAGAGAGAGAGAGAGAGAGAGAGGACGGGCAACUUCUUUCUUUUCCUUAUAUAACUUUUCUCUCUCGCUCUCCUUGAGUUGAUGCAUAUCUUCGUGGAAAGACUUUGAUUUGUGCCUGAGGUUUUUCGCUCCGGAAUUUCCCUUCCCAAUCCUUCUUCUCCAACAAUCGUCAGAAAAAAACAAACAAAACACAACAACAACAACAACAGCCAUAGAUUCAAUCCGAUCUCAGACAUCUCCUUCAAUUCUAAAGCGCUUUUUUAGGUCUGGUGACCUAAUCAAAUCACCCACACAGACAACCAACCAACCGAAAACAACAACAACAACUUCAGCAACAAAAAACACAUUUCUUUGACAUAAUAAUCUUACGUCAACAAUCAGCACGGAAAACACCCUGACUGUAGGUCUUGAACGUACACAUUGCAUCAUUGUGAUAAUUUUUUUUUGAAAAAAACCCCCAAGCAACUUCUCCUCGCUUUUUUCGUGUGUCCUCACUUAUUGGUUGAUUUCCGGCUUUCAGCUUCGAUUUAUUCCCUCCUCCCCCCUUUUUUUUUAUUUUUGAAUUUCUUUCCCCACCAAAAUGGGGAAGGAUGGGUUGGGGUGCCUUUUCUCCUCCGGCCCGACUUCUUAGAAAAGAAAAGAAAACUCCUAUAAAAGUCGAUCGAGGCCAACCAAAGAUGCAAUGGUUAAUAAAACAUGAUUUUUUUGUGUUGUUUUUCGGGGGAAUUUUUCUCGCCCGUCACAGGAAGAAACUGGGAAAACGCUAGGAAUUGGAUGGGAAUUUUAUGUGUGUGUGUGUGUGUGUGUGCGCGCGAGAGAGUGUUGGUCCAAUCGGUUGCGUGAGCGUGCGUCGGGUUCGAAUCCGUCAGAUCUCAUUUAUCUUUUUCGUUGGUUUCCUUUUAUGAUUUCCUUUGUUCACCUUGUCGUCUUUUUCGUCAGAUUUCUCUUCGGAUUAGAUUCUUCUCGUCACAACCUCCAUCAAAAGAAAAAAAAGAAGUAGUUGAAUCAAAUCGUCAUCAUUUUGACCCGACUCCUCCAUCGAAAAUCAUUGGGCGACCCCUCCCAUUCAUCUACCUCAACUUCUAUCAAAAGUUGUUCCCCCCAAUCACACCCCCUCUCCAUUUUCACGCAGUGAAGGAAAAAUCUGGCGGAUUGGAUGUCUUUGGUUAUUACUUUGGGUUUUUAAAUUUUCUUUAUUUUCCUUUUUACGAAGCAUAUCGAAAUUUCGAAUUUCUUUAAAUAUUAUUAUUAGAAUAAUUUUUGAAUAAGAAAAGGAGAAGAGUUCAGUUGAAGAAAACAAAUUAUAAUAAGAAAGAAAAAAAUUUCUGUGCGAUUUCAACUCUUCUACCGAGAAGACUGAGGUCCAUGACGUUCAAAUUCAGGGACAUGAAUAAUUUUUUUGCGUCUGUGUCUUCUUUAUCGGCAGCCACAACAACAAGCCCUCAUCCAUUUAGCUGAAAUGUUUUUGUACAAAAUUUAAACAAGAAAAAAAAACUAAAAAAAAAGUUUGAAGGGAAAAAACAAGAAAAAAAUGUUUCGUCCGCGUCGUGUCGUUUUUUUUCUGCGUGUAAAGAAAAUGCAAAUCAGAGAAAAUAACAAGAAGCAAUCCCCAUUCCCGUAAACCCCUUGUUCCGUCUCCUGCAUUCGUGUCUUUUUGUUACAUACAUAUUCUAUUUAAAUGGGCCAAUAGAGUGUCGGUCGGUUUGUGUGGAAACGGACAAGGGGGGUGACCGGGAAAAAAAGAAAAAUAACAAUAGUAUUUUGUACAGUUUUGUUAAAAACAAAAAAAAACAAAAAGUGCUUGACAAAUUUUUUUGUGUUCAAUCGUUUUAAAUUACCGAGCGGUUUUCCCAUUUCUGUUAAUUCGUUUAAACGCCCCAUGCAAUUGUUUUGGUCUAUUCAAAAAGUCCUCUUCCUCCAUCCACCCAAAAUCCCCUCAAUUUUUGUCUGUUGUUUCGUUGUUUCUCUUUUUUUUCUUUUUUUAGUCGAUGGAAUUCACAAAAUUUUUCGGAUUUAUUUUGCGCGUGUAUAAAACAAAAUCAAAGAAAAAUUAACUCGAAAAAGGAAAAAAAGCUCAGCAAAUUAUUUCGUUUUUGCCCUGAAAGUUUUUUUUUCUUUCGCUAAUUAAAUCCAUGCCGUUUGUUUUGUUGUAUUUUUCCUCCGCAAUUUCUUUUUCGUUUAUUUUUUCUUUAAUAGGAUUUUUUCCUGUGAAACAUAAAGGAAAAUUCCCCAGUUGAUUGUUCGUUUGUUUGUUUUAUCCCGGCGGGAGCAAAACAUAAAGAAAACAAAAAUGAUUUCUUGGAGCAUUUUGUCUCCUCGAUGAUUUAUUUUCGCCCUCCCCUCUUUCCACCUAUUGUUUUUCUUGAUUCAUCCCCCCAUUUAAUGUGUCAGUGAUGUCUCCCCACCUCGUACCACGUUUUAAUUAUUUACAUCGUCUCCUUCCCCCCGUUAUUUUUUCCGUCUGUCGUCGUCGUCGUUUAAUUGAUAAAAAUUUCUUGAAAAAAGGUCAUCCAGUUUGUAUUACAAAAAAUUGUUGUAAAAGUUUCGUGGCUUUUCUGCAAAAGUGGUGAAAAUUCCUUAUUUCCUCUUUCAUAAGAAAAAACUGCAGCAUUACAAGGAAAUGUCCAAAUCAA